GUGAUCAGCUGCAGCUGAGACAACAUGAAGAGACUCUAAUGUCCCGAGUGCAGCGGAGUGUCCGGACAUCUACAGACAUGGCGUCUCAGCUGCAGGUGUUCUCCUCCCCCUCCGUCUCCUCCAGUGGCUGCUCCCGCUCCAAGAGGCUCAAGGUGGAGAACCCUGCCUGGGAAGUGUCCAACCAGCAGGGGGACAAUGGUUUCCACCAGCAGAGCCCCCCCCAGGGAGCUGCACCCUCCACUUCUGGCUCUAACUUCAACCCGGUGUACAACCCCAACACGGCCCCCCCCCCGCCGCCGGCCGCAGGCUCCCGGGAGCAGACGGUGGUCCGGGCGGCGGACAGCACGGGCAGCCUCCGCGGACCCCCCUCCUCCUCCUCCUCUUCCUCCUCCUCCUCCUCCUCCUCCAGCCGUCGGGUGAAGGACGCAGAGUCCUCCUCCCAGCCGUGUGACCCCCCCCCCAAGCAGCUCAGCCUGAAGAGGAAGAGUGAGGAGGUGGACAGCAGCGACAGCGUCCAGAUCCUGGAGGAGCUCUCGGCCCCCGUGGUCUCCAACCGCACCGGGGGGGCAGGCGGGACCACCACAGCUCAAUCCAUAGCACACUCCACUUCCACCACGAAGAGCAGCAACUCCCACAGCGAGGGCGACUACCAGCUGGUGCAGCACGAGAUCCUGUGCUCCAUGGCCAACAGCUACGAGGUGCUGGAGUUCCUGGGACGUGGUACUUUCGGCCAGGUGGCAAAAUGCUGGAAGAGGGGCACGAACGAGAUAGUGGCCAUUAAAAUCUUGAAGAACCAUCCCUCUUAUGCUCGGCAGGGUCAAAUAGAAGUGAGCAUCCUCAGCCGGCUGAGCACGGAGAACGCUGACGAGUUCAACUUCGUCCGCUCCUACGAGUGUUUCCAGCACAAGAACCACACGUGCCUUGUGUUUGAGAUGCUGGAGCAGAACCUCUACGACUUCCUGAAGCACAGCAAGUUCAGCCCGCUGCUGCUCAAGUGCAUCCGGCCCGUCCUGCAGCAGGUCGCCACGGCGCUGAUGAAGCUGAAGAGCUUGGGGCUGAUCCACGCCGACCUGAAGCCUGAGAACAUCAUGCUGGUGGAUCCUCUGAGGCAGCCCUACCGCGUGAAGGUCAUUGACUUCGGCUCGGCCAGCCACGUGUCCAAAGCGGUUUGCUCCACCUACCUGCAGUCCCGGUACUACAGAGCUCCAGAGAUCAUCCUGGGUCUUCCUUUCUGUGAAGCCAUCGACAUGUGGUCUUUGGGAUGCGUGAUUGCUGAGCUGUUCCUGGGAUGGCCCCUCUACCCGGGGGCCUCCGAGUACGACCAGAUCCGUUACGUCUCUCAGACUCAGGGGCUUCCUGCAGAGUACCUGCUGAGUGCAGGGACCAAGACCUGCCGCUUCUUCAACCGAGGCCCGGACUCCAGCUACCCCCUGUGGAGACUGAAAACAACUGCAGAGCAUGAGGCCGAGAUGGGGAUGAAGUCAAAGGAGGCGAGAAAAUACAUCUUCAACUGUCUGGAUGAUAUGAUGCAGGUGAACAUGACCAACCUGGAGGGGACGGACGUCCUGGCAGAGAAGGCCGACAGGCGGGAGUUCAUCGACCUGCUGAAGAAGAUGCUGACGCUGGACGCAGACAAACGCAUCACGCCCAUGAAGACCCUGAACCACCCGUUUGUCACCAUGACCCACCUGCUGCACUUUCCUCACAGCUCCCAUGUGAAGUCCUGCUUCCAAAAUAUGGACAUAUGCAAACGCAGAUGCAGCGCCUUUGAGAACGGGAAAAACCUGUUUGCUAGCAGCAACCCCCCGAGUGCAGCCGCCAACCUCACGGUGACCUUCAGCAGCCAAUUAAACCAGCACAACCAGAUGUCCUCGACAGGAGGUCAGUCUCUGUCCCUCAGCAGCAACGUCCCCCUGCUCAACUACCCCCCCGGCCUCUACCAGCAGGCCACCAUCAACAUCCCGGGCCUCACCCAGCAGGGCGUGCCGCUGCAGACCCGCCCCCCCCAGCUCUGCACCCAGACCGAGCCCUUCCAGCAAACUCUCAUCGUGUGCCCCCCCACACUCCAGGGUCUUCAAACUUCCACUAAGCCCUCUGGUUAUCCAGUGAGGAUGGACAACUCGGUACCAUUGGUUCCUCAGAACCAGUCGUCCCAGUCUCUUCACAUCCAGCCCGGCCUGCUGGCACAGCAGGGCUGGCCGGCCGGCACCCAGCAGAUCCUCAUCCCCUCCACCUGGCAGCAGAUGCCUGGCAUGGCCAUCCACAACCCCGGGCCGACCGUGGUGCCCGACUCGCCGAUGGAAGCGUCCGUCUCCGACAGUCAGCAAGCGUCCGGCUGGAGGGGUCGUCAUGGCAGCCAGUACGAGGGCGUGGCCCAGCAGGACCCUGGCGGCGGCCGUCACGCUGCCUCAGGGGCCGCUCACUCCAGAGCCCACCAGGGCAAGAGGUCGAAGGUCAGAGAGAGCAGAGCCAGGCCGGUGUCCUCACUGCACUCCGCCCACACUGUGGUCCACAACACGUCCUCUCUGGGCGGGGACCAGUCUCAGCCCAUCGUCAUCUCUGACACGCCCAGUCCCGCCGUCAGCAUCAUCACCAUCCACAGCGACUCGGAGGACGAGGACGACAGGAAGUUGCCUGCGGCGUGCUCCGGAACGAGUCAGAGGCCGAACGUGAUCAGCUGCGUGACGGUGCACGACUCGGACUCCUCCACCAGCAGCCCCCUCAGCCCCAAGACCCCCCCCCAGCCCGCCAAGGCCCCGGCCGUCAUCCUGACCUCUGAGAAGAGCCAGGCUGGAGAGAGCACAACCCACAAAGCUCCAGCUGCUCCAGAUCAAACCACAACAGUUGGAAAGUCCAAGAAGGCGUCGCCGCUCCAGUCCAGUCGACCUGGAGAUUCCAGCGCUGAGCACAGUCAGCAGCAGUCGACCUCCAGCAGAUCUCAGCCUCUCAACCUGAGUCAGGUUCAACAGUCUGUGAUGUCAUCAUCCGACGACCAAUCAGGAAGCAGUAGUUCCCUGAGGCGGCCGCCCACAUACCCCCCUCCCGUCUCCUCCCACUCCUCCUACCGCCUCCAGGACAACGCCCUCUUCACCUCCACGCCCAACCUGUACGCGUACCCGGCGUCCGCCGCCCUGGCGUCCGUGUCCCAGGCCGUGGAUCAGAUGCAAGCUGGCUCGUCUCGCCACAGCAGAGCGAGCGGCGCCUUCUCCUCUCUGGCGCUGCUGCAGAAGAACGGCGGCCUGGUCCUGGGAGGUUCUGCUCCGGCACAGUACGCCAGCCACCACCAGCAGCUCCUCCCACAGCAGCAGCCGCCGCCGCUCGGGGAGACGCCGUUCCAACGCACCGGUGCUGCUUACCAACGGAAACUCAACCAGUACCCCUACCUGUGAAGACUGAGGGGGACGGACGCUCUGCAUGAAAACCAAAUUCAGACCGAGACUAGAGACGAGCACAAGCUCAUCACAAGCGG